AUGGGUCGAGGAAACACAGGUGCUACCGAUCAUCAAAAGUUUCCAGGAAAUUUGGUCUCUUCUUCACUCACAAGACCAGAUCUAAGUUUGGAAACCCUCCACGAAGGAUCAGCUGUGUGGAUCAUUCCAGAGUUUUUGUCUUAUGAAGAAUGCAAUCACUGGAUCAAGUUUGCCGAAAAGUCUGGUGGUCUCGAAUAUACGGCACAUCCUGCCUCCAUGUACAUUGCGCAUCGCCAGUGUUACCGAAUGCAAGACGAAUCCAAUACUGAAAUUGCCAACAAGCUGUAUUUGCGACUGUUGGCUUCUGGUAUUCUCGACCAAGUGAAACAAGAACUAUCCCAACACGCUUCCAAAUCCAGGUAUAGCCGAAACGACAAGUUCGAAACUCCAACUGGUUUCAACCCUAACAUUCGAUUGUACAAGUAUACAAAGGGACACUCUUUUGGCAAACAUGUUGACGGAGCCGAUCAAAUUCAAGGAAUGGGCCAAACAGAGAUCACAGUUCUCAUUUACCUCAGUGAGUGUGGCGGAGGAGCAACUCGGUUUUACCCUCCAUUUCAAUCGAGCAAAAAGAAGAAGAAAAAGAACCAGAAAGAGGUCGAGUCUUUUGCCUUUGAUCCAAAACCAGGGACAAUGCUACUACACGUACAUGGCGAUGAUUGUUUGGAACACGAAGCAGACGAAGUUACUGAUGGUAUCAAGUAUGUUCUACGGACAGAUGUUGUCUUUGCCUAG